AUGCUAGGUUUACUCUGUAAGUCCUCUCUGAAUGAAGCACUCCCUGUGCUCGCCCACGGCACUAUGUGGGCACUGCUCCAUUGUUGUGCAUCAGGAGCCAUGUCGCGUUGGGUCGAGGCCAAGGUGGAAUUUAUAACUGAUGGAAUUCCACACCCAAGUGAGCGCUGGGCCUGGUGAGCUCUCACAUUUACAACCAAUGCCCCGGCGGCUCUGCCGAGACUCCUGAAUGGCAAAGCCAUUUGUCUCUGUGAAGGGCAAAGAGAGAAAGCGAGGGGGCUAUCUUUUUUUCUUCUCCUUUAAAAACAGAAUAAUGCUUUAUGUUUACGCACAGCCCCUCACACCAGCAACACAUGUUUUCCAAAGCUCUUAGAAUCGUAAUUGGAAUUAAAGAGGGGAAAGUGUGUGCAGCCCAUUGCCAAUUAGCAUUUUCUCUGCUCAGGAGAAGCUCAGGGGGGAUCAAUAGGAUAUUAAGUUUGUGUACAUAGAAAUAAGGCACACAAUCACUUCCAGCAAUUAGCAAGACUAAACGUGUGGAGAAAUGUCGACCUCCGAUGGCUGCCUGACCUGUGUUCUGUGACCAUCAUUUGCCAGUUUUCAAGCUUUGCUGAAGUGCAUUGGUACAGUUUGCUUCUAUUGGGCACAAUAGUAUUUGGCCCUGACAAACAGUAGCGAUCAACACAGCAAGGCUCAUGUCGAGUUCUGCAAACAGGCCUGGUUUUCUCUCAGCAGUGGCUAUAAACGUCUUAAGGCCAUCUUUCCAAACAUAGUGAUCAUUUGUGGUCUCAAGCUGCAGAGUAACUGUCAGUUAUCACUGAGUGGCUCUCUGAUACCUGCUCUCUGGCUGAAGUUGCACAGCCCUCCAGCAUCUCACAACCCUCCAGCAUCUCAUAACCCUCACAACAGUAGCCACAGUCCCCUGUUAUCAGCCCUGGAACCCUCAAAUAUCCCCAGGCCUGGGGCUGUCCUCUGGAGACCAAAGCAAGAGCCAUAAUGUAUUAGGUCUUGCUUGUUUUUACAGACCGUGAUAUAUCUAUAUAUAAUUCAAAGAGUGUGCUGAAUAAUCCAUGUGCUUAUUUAAUUAUUAAUUAAUGCGCAGGGCUGGGAGUGAGGGGGACGUUUUUGUGGGUUGACCUGGGUACCAGUGAUACCCCCUCCUCCAUACCAAGGUGUCAAUCCAUCCUCUUCUCCAUUGUACUUGGCAUCUCUCUAUCACUUAUUCAUCCACUGGACUCCCUGAAGAUUCAAACACAAGCAUUCCUCUUUGUGACCACUGGGAUAUAUACAUUUAUCAUAAUCUAGUUAAAUAUGAUCCCUGCUAUAUGGAAUGUAAUCAUCUAUAUUGAAUAAGAGACAAAGCAAGUGAAGUCAGGUUUGACCUGUAUGUGGUAAAUUAUGGUGUGUAACUAUGUAGUGAGGUAGAGGGGUCCAUUGUGAAGGCAAAACAGAUCCAGGGAUAUAGGGGGACUUUUUCUGUGUUUUUGUGUGCUGGGUGUGGUGAAUACCAGCGCUCCAUUCAGCAGGUAACCAUGUUGAUGGUAAUGAAACUUGCCUGCUCUCUUUGGAAAUGAGAGGCAGAGCCUGGUGUUUGGACAGCCCAUCAUGUAGUUGAUAACGAGGGGAACAUUGUGCUACAUGAACAAAGGCUGCUGCUGUGCCAGAGCCCCCUGUCUCCCCGUCCCCCACGCAGAACAGAACAGAGCAGGCAGGGAUAGGAAUGAGCGUGACUCGCAGCAGGUGGAGGCAGAUCAGCAUUUUAAAAGAGCUUUUUGUCCAGCAGCACUGGUAUUCAUCCAGACGAUUUUAUUAGCCUGAAUGCAAUUCUUCCUCAUUUCCCAUACAGCCUGGUCCUUUCACAGAGAGAAAAUAGCAGGCAGAUUUGAUUUAUGGUGCAUUAAGCUGGGCAGUCUAUCAUGGACAUCAUGUAGAUUGUGAAAACAUACCUCCAGCAGAAUAUCUCAAAAUAGAUCUGGAGGUCAUUAAAGCAUCUUUAGUGGGGAAAACCGUACAUGGAAUUGAAUUUGCAGCAUUACAAAGAGCCUGUCCUUGCACAACAUGCGUUAGAGGAGUCUCAUGAGCACACACGUCACAUAAUUUCAAAUGGGCCACAAUGUCCCUUUUUAACAAUGAAAAAUAUAUAUACUGUAUGUUCCUUAUUACAUCAGUGUGUAGUAGUCACUGAAUGUUGUCACUGAAUUUGAUCCACUUGAUCCUGUUUUCUGGGUGUUUAUCCCUCGGCUGAAUGCUAAUUUACAGCACAUACCUGUAAAGUGGGUUUAGUGACCAAUUCAUUCUGACUGCAGGGCCCCCGUGCUGCCCUGUUGUCUGAAUAUGCAUGCCUCUAACCUGUGUGUGUUGUGUGUUUCAUCUCCAGCUCAACAGAAUCCAGAGAAGGUGAAGAAGCUAGUUGUCCUCACUGCCCGUGUACACCCUGGGGAGUCGCCUGCAUCCUUCAUCUGCCAAGGUAGGUCUCUGUCUCCACCCUGGUGCUCUAUACACAUCCCUAAAACGCAUGUGCGCACACACACACACACACACACACACACACACACACACACAGACACACAGCCAAGGUGGAGCAUCUCACAAGCAGUUUAUCAAGUUCUCAUAGAAUUACAGGGAAAAAAGUGGCAAAGAAGCAGAUUAUUCAAAAAGAACCUUGGCUUCCACUCAUACCUCUUAACAUGUCUGGCAUUUGUCAGCCUGUUAUUAAGAUAGGCUCUUCAGGUGAGAGCUACUUGUUUCGUCGACAAGUCACUGAACUCCUGGAGAGUUUCUCUCCUCAACAUCAAGGACAUCUGAACUGUGAAGAAAGAGUGAGCUACAGUUAAUGAGAUGGCAGUUGAAGAGGUUUUACAUACAACAUGGACACAAGGCUACCUUAGAAAAGAAGGUGCCAUCUAGAACCUACAACGGUUAUUCGGCUGUCCCCAUAGGAGAACCCUUUGAAGAACCCUUUUUGGCUCCAGGUCGAACCUUUUUGGGUUCCAUGUAGAACCCUUUCGACAGAGGGUUCUACAUGGAACCCACAUGUAUUCUACCUGGAACCAAAAGUGGUUCUACCUGGAACCAAAAAGGGUUAUCCUAUGGGGACAGCCAAAGAACCCUUUGGGAACCCAUUUUUCUAAGAAUGAAUGUAAGACUAUUAUGUUAGCCUAUGUUUGUAGCUUGGGUUUUGGGGACAAGGGUUAAGAUUAGGGCAAGGGUCAGGGUUAGGGUUGAAGUCUGGGGUGACCUGAUCUUUACAGUUUAAGCUAAUAUCAUAGUUUAAGUUGAAGCUAAAGCUUGUCCUUGGGUCUUCUUUACUUUUCCAUUGAAAAUACAGCAUAGGAAACCGUUAAAAGCUCCCAGUCUGUGGAGUAGUGUUUGGUCACCCCAGAGCGCUGAGAGCAGACAGCACAUGUAGCUCAAUGUGACUUUAAGCUCCACUCAGGACCAGCCCCGGCUCCGACACGCAGAUGUGCAUGAAAUAAUCUCAGGAAGUCCGAGCAAUUAGAUGGCACACUCUGUGGCCUGUACCUGUGUCCCACGCUCCAUCUCUCCUCCUGCCUGCCACAUUGACUCAAUUAGAGAGCUUGUUAUGCCUCCAUUAGUGGUAACGAGCAGGACAGAGUGGGGCGGGCGGCUGGACUGGGAGGGGAGGGGUACAGGCUGGCUGUCGGCCCUCUUUGCUUCUUAUUUACCUGUCAAUUAUCCUGCUUCAGUCCAGGGCUGUGGAUGGCUUUCAGUGGCCGGUAUGUAUCUCUCUCUGUCUCUCUCUCUUUCCAACUCCCUCUCUCUCGCUUUUGCUGUCUCUGUGUCUCAUCUGUGGUAGAUAGCAUUAUCUCCCUCACUCAGUGUUUGAGGCCCUGUGGGCUAAUUAGGUCCUCUGUGCUGUCUGUUUUUAUCCCACUGUCAGCUCCAUUCCAUUUGUAUCGAUUGUGGACGGAUGUCUCAGAUUUCCCCUCAGAUUUUUAGAACGCUCUCUUUCUGCCCUUUUCUUUUUGUUUCUCAGAACUCAAUUAACUGAGGCCUUGAGUACAUUUUACUGGGAGUGUGCGUGUGCGUGUGGUUGUCCAUGCUUGCUUCUGUGUGUGAGUGAGAGAGAAUAGCUUUGAGCAUGCUGCUUUCCAGUCAUAGAGUGAAAUAACCCUGACUGUCUCUCUUGUGUAUCUCCAUGUUUUAUUGUGUUUAGGAGUGAUUGACUUCCUAGUCAGCCAGCACCCUGUGGCCCAAACCUUGCGUGACCAUGUCAUCUUUAAGAUUGUACCCAUGCUCAACCCUGACGGCGUCUACUUAGGCAAUUACAGGUAAGCGCUACUAUCAAUAUAUAAAAUCACCCUUUUCUUCAUGGACUAAAAGAGCUGUUCAGUUGUUUUAUGACAUUUACUACUGUAGUAAUUUCCAUCCUGUUGCUUGAGGUCUACCUCUGAAUAGUUGUAUGUUUCAUGGAUUCUGAUAGAGCCAUCUGACUAGGCUGCAUCACGUUGCUAGUGGUAAGGAGAGAUUAUGUGUUUGGUAUCGCCCACUGUGUAGGUCUCCUACCAGAGCAUUUAUGGCCCGCUAGAUGCUGCUGUUACAGAUAUGAAUUAAACCAAAGGCCAUGUGUGGGAAUAGCAGGAUGGGCCUUCUCAUUUUCUAUUCCUCCCUCUGCCUCCAAAGCCAGUGGCAGAGAGAAAAUGUGCAGUUUUAGAGCUAAUUUCCUGCUAUUCUAUACAUUUUGCCAUGAGGCUGAGAGAAUAUUUAGACGUUUUAAAGCUACUUUCCUGUAAUUUAAACAAAAAAAAUCAUGGCUUACGACGUGUUCAUAUACUAUCUGGGGGGCCCGACCUCCGGGGCGACCCCCCCCCAAAAAAUGUAUAAAUUGGACCCCCCUUCCCCCCACACCACUGUCCAAAGCGCCAUCCCUGGAAUAUGAACUGCUGGCUUUCCGAUUUUGCUGUCUCCUUUCUCCUCUGUUGACAGUUCAGAUCAAUGUAAUUGCUGCAGUAGUCAAUUCCCCCUCUUAUUCUCCAGUGCUUGUUGUCAAUCCAAUUGUGUGUGCAAAGACACACACACACACACAUUUACCAGAGGGGGAUGUGUUAGAGUACUUGUGUCACAGACAUAUAAACCCACACCCACUCUCCUCUUAUUUGUCUACAUAUAUUUAUUCCUUUUUAUACCUAUUUAUUGUGUAAGACAAAUCUUGCCUGUACCAUCUUGCCUGUGCCUGCCCUGCAGUGUCUCCUACACUGGGCUGAGUGUGUUUUCACAGGGUUUAGUUGUAAUGCUGCUGUUUCUGAGGCCAUAUGUUCCAGCCUCUGUUUAGCACUGAGGCACAGGCUCCAUGGGCAUCAUUUCCACCUCCCUCUCCAUAAUUGCCUUUUACUUAAUGGGGUGGACAUGAGGAAUACAAAUGUGCUGAGACUCUAGUGCUGCCACUAAAAGUGUUUGUGGCUGCCAUCUAGUGGUCGCUCCCCCGCACUGCACCCAGUCUGUCAGUGGUAAAUCACAUCUGCUCUGAUGAUGACAGGGGUUAAAAACAUCUUGUUGCUGAUUGUUGACCCUUAAAGGUUGUUUUCAUCAACUCUGGAAAAUGAUGCGGUCGGCCUGGCUGAAUGGUAAUAAGCUCCAUAUUAAUAUGAAGUGAAUAGGAGUGUUUCUCUCUGCCCCUCCCGGUGAGGCCUGAUUGGCCUUUCUGUGGGCUCAGCAGCACACUGCAUCUGGAGGGGAAUCGAACGGAUGCAUGCAGGGAUCAGAAUCAAUCAGUGCUGACCACAGAUUAGUAUUUCAGGCAUGCCUGCUUCACAUUGGCAUUGACACACAGACACAGGCCCCCGUGAAAGUCAUGGAUACUGAGCAGCAUCAGCUCAAUAGCCCAGAGUCCUUCCUUCCACAGCCACUCUAGAAUAGACUAUAAUUACUUUAUUUUUCCAGAAGAAACUUACAUUGUGGCAAGUCAGAUAACAUAAAAAUGUAUAGUAAACAUAUACACUACAUGACCAAAAGUAUGUGGACACCUGCUCAUCGAACAUCUCAUUCCAAAAUCAUGGGCAUUGCAAUGGCGUUGGUCCCCCCUUUGCUGCUAUAACAGCCUCCACUCUUCCGGGAAGGCUUUGCACUAGAUGUUGGAGCAUUGCUGUGGGGACUUGCUUCCAUUCAGCCACAAGAGCAUUAGUGAGGUCGGGCACUGAUGUUGGGCGAUUAGGCCUGGCUCGCAGUCGGCGCUACAAUUCAUCCCAAAGGUGUUUGAUGGGGUUGAGGUCAAUACUCUGUGCAAGCCAGUCAAGUUCUUCCACACUGAUCUUGACAAACCAUUUCUGUAUGGACCUCGCUUUGUGCACAGGGGCAUUGUCAUGCUGAAACAGGAAAGGGCCUUCCCCAAACUGUUGCCACAAAGUUGGAAGCACAGAAUCGUCUAGAAUGUCAUUGUAUGCUGUAGCGCAUGGUGAUCUUAGGCUUGUGUGCUGCUGCUCGGCCAUGGAAACCCAUUUCAUGAAGCUCCUGACGAACAGUUCUUGUGCUGACGUUGCUUCCAGAGGCAGUGUUACAACCGAGGACAGACGAUUUUUACGCGCUUCAGCACUCGGCUGUCCCAUUUUGUGACCUUAUGUGGCCUACCACUUCGCGGCUGAGCCGUUGUUGCUUCUAGACAUUUCCACUUCACAAUAACAGCACUUACAGUUGACCGGGACAGCUCUAGCAGGACAGAAAUUUGACUAACUAACUUGUUGGAAAGGUUGCAUCGUAUUAUGGUGCCACGUUGAAAGUCACUGAGCUCUCUCUAGGAUAUUCUGACUUGCUCAUGUAAGGGAGCCAAACCAGUCAACUACACUAAAUGUUAAGACAGGCUCAAUAAAACAUCUGUAACCUGCAAACUCUGACUAGAGGUCCUGGCUUUAGCUGCUCUUUGAUUGGAGUAGAAUUACAUUCUAGUGAAAUACAUUGGGUCCUAGAUCUCCAAUAGUGGAGCUAAAGCUAAUUGAUUGUUCAUAUUAAAUAAAAAUCUGUGUUUCUUGGGAAAGUUUGAUUGUUGAUUGAAUUGAUUAGAUAUUAACACAUACAUCCACAGCAUCAGUAGUAAUUGUAGGUAUCUGCAAAUGUUCAACUCAUGUGUGUGUGGUCAUUUCCAGGUGUUCUCUGAUGGGCUUUGACCUUAACCGUCACUGGCAGGAGCCGUCCCCCUGGGCCCACCCCACCCUCCAUGCUGUCAAGCAGCUCAUCGUCCAGCUCAGUCAAGACCCAGUGAGUCCCAAUCUCCAACCUGCUUCUAACACCUGUAUUACACACUUCGUACUGUAGUGACUGUGUGGGCCGUUUAUUCCUCACCCUGCAGCACACAACAUGCAACACAGUAUCAGAGUCAACUGAAAUUCCACAUAGAUACUAGCUAUAUAAAACACCUGAGUUGAGGUUUGAACACUGUUCUGAAUCUAAACUCUAUUUCCAGUUGACUUAGUUCAGAAGGUUAUGCACUCAUGUGGUUGAGAACUAUAGAAAGGUGUGCUGUGGGAUUGAUACUCAGCAGCUCUCUGUAAAGUGUAGGUCUCUGGGACAUUAGAUUGUACUGAGGGGCAAGUGUCUGUAGUGUACUCUAUAUUCAGCUUGCACUUUCUUUGUUAGAGGAACGGGCCCUUGUGUUUUUUUGCCUUCGUGUUAAUUAUAAGUGGAAACGCAGGUUGUUAGAUUACUGAAGGUCAGAGUCUGUCCUGGGAAUCGUCUGCCCUUUCUUACACUUUCUAAUCCUGAUAAGACCAGGGCGUUCUGCUGAGCAAAGGGGCACGGCUCUCAGCUUAACCUUUUCCCCCAGCGCUGAUAUGCUGAUCGAUGGGCUCCUUCACGGCAGAGUGAUCCACUCAUGUCCCUCACACUUCUGCAAACUACACACACACACACAUCCAAACACACACCACACAUAGGUACAUAGGUACUCUCUCUCUCUCUCUCUCUCUCUCUCUCUCUCUCACACACACAGACACACACCCACACACAGACACACACCCACACACAUUUGCAUUCACUGUCAUACUCUACAUACACUACAUACAUACUAAUGGGCGGCAGGUAGCUUAGUGGGUAAGAGCAUUGUGCCAGUAACCGAAAGGUCGCUGGUUCUAAUCCCCGAGCCGACUAGGUGAAAAACCUGUCGAUGUGCCCUUGAGCAAGGCACUUAACCCUAAUUGCUCCUGUAAGUCGCUCUGGAUAAGAGCGUCUGCUAAAUGACCAAUUUUUUUUUUUUUUUUUUUUUUUUUUUUUAUACUCACACGCAUACAUUGUUUUCCCUCACAGUCUCACUCCAAUGCACUCCAACUCCCAUAGAGAACAUGCACAUGUAGCUCAGUGCAGAGCCAAGGGCUGAGAGAGAGAGCCUCUGUCUGCCUGCCCACAUGUGUAAUUAUGAUUCCACUGGCUGAUCCAGUGGCUGGAAGGAGAACUCUCAUUAAGCUCUCCACCUCUCCACCAACUCUGGACCCCACAGCACCCUCAGCACUACAUUCAUCCAUACAGUACAAUCCCAACCAGGGCCAUGUGCCCACAUCUCUCAGCCCCAGUCUCUCCAUCCUAUCCCCUGGCCUGGAUGUGGCCGACUGGCCCUGUCAGAGGAGAGACCUGGCCGCCUCUCUCCAGCUAAUCACAUCAGACACAGCACUCAGAUCUGGGGCUCCCAGAUGCCAAUCCCAGUGCCAGCUCUAUGGCCAGGGGCCUGGCCCUCCAUCCACUGCUGUCUCACACUGUGCACAUCCACUAAUGAGGCUACAAGACCACGGUCUGAGGACAACAGGAGGAGAUCAUGCCGGGCUAACAUGCUCCUCUUUAUUUGUCCGCUUCCCUCUAGCUGGCAGAUGGUAGCAGACGCAGAGGAUUCCAAGCUGUCAACGGCCAUUUGA